CAUGAUAAAUUACCUGUAGCCAUCAAACACAUCAAAAAAAGCAUUGAAAUUUUAAAACAUGUGGAUGAGAAUGGAAAGCAGAUGCCCUCUGAGGUGGCUAUCAUGUUAAAACUGAGGGAUAAAACAACCAGUUCAGUUGGGCAGUCAGCUAUCGUGUCCCUGCUAGACUGGUAUGAUCUGAAUAAGGAAUUGAUUUUGGUUUUGGAGAGACCCAUGCCUGCUGAGGACCUCUUUGACUACAUUCGAAAACACAAGGGUCACAUAACGAUGAAGAAUGCCAAAAUCAUCAUAAAACAGCUGCUAAAAGCAGUAAUUCACCUUCAGGAGGCAAACAUCUUCCACAGAGACAUUAAAGCUGAGAACAUCCUGAUAGAGACCGGGUCAAAAGUCCCAAAAAUUUAUCUUAUAGACUUUGGUGUAAGUUGCUUUGAUGACCUAAAAAACUAUAAGCAUUUCCAUGGUACUUGGGUACAUGUCCCACCAGAAUUCGACAGACAAGGGUUUCACAGUUCUGGACCAACAAAUGUGUGGCAGGUGGGCUUAGUCCUGUAUUACAUUCUGCACAAAAAACAGUUCUUUACCCGUGGAUUCCUGUCAAAAAGACUAAAGAUCAACACAAGGCUCUCCGAGAAAUGCAAAGAUUUUCUAACAAAGUGCCUGACAGUAGACCCAGAAAAACGUCCCACCCUAGAAGAGCUGUUACACCACCGGUGGUUGUUGAAAGAAGAUACUCAAAUAUAACCAGAAAACAGCAGCAUACUUCAUAAGAAAAGUUUAACAAUGCAGG